AUGUGUGUGCUGCCUUCUGCCUCCGACUCAGAGGCACCUUGCACAAGCCCCUUUCAUGCGACCAGAAGCCGAGAUCUGAUCGGCUUCUGGCCGGUUGCCAACCUCGGUGAUAUCGCCGCCUCCAUCUGUGAGAGCAAUCCCGGCCCCUUACCUGUCACCAUAGCGACGACUCCUUCCUCCCACGGCCAUUUCUCUGCGGGCUUUUUUCGCGCUCUUUUCCUCCUACAUUAGACCGGAAUGUCUGGACGGCUAGUGAUCACAACGGCUCUCCAGCGCCUCUAUUGGUAGUUUCAGGUAAGUGCAUUCAACAUUUUUUUUCUGACAGCAAUUUAACACUGAACUUUUAAUCAGUAUUAUUAAAGUGUAUCUACUCUGUUUUAUUACAGAUUACACUAAACCCUUGCAUAAGAGGGUGACCCCCUCUAUACCUCAAGAAAGCUGUUUGCCUCAUUACUGAGGGUGACCUCCUCUAUAUUAAUUUAAUAGUUGCCUCACUGAAGAGGGUGACCCCCUCUAUAUUAUACAGUUCUGCCUCAUAUAAAGGGUGACCCCUUUUUACUGUCUCUUGAGGGUGACCCCCUCAUUACAUAGUAUUAAUUCGGUUAUACCGUUUCUGCUGCGAUAACUAUGGGUGACCCCCACGCUUAAUUAGCAAUUCAAAGAUUUUAUAUACACGCUUUGCGUUUUGAUCAAGUCCACUGCCUUUUGAGUUUUAUAUUAUAAAAAAAAAAAAAAAACAAUUAUACAUAUAUAUUUAUACUUGUGGUGACUCCACUUCUCUCAAUAUUUCUGAUUUGCCUGAACCACCAGUCUCUGCGGAGCCCAAAGCUUGGCUGUAUAACGCCAUUGCAGACUCCAUUCCAAAAGCUUUGGCAACUUUUAAUGAACACUCAAAGUCUGCCCCUAGGGCUCCUGUUGUUCACCUCUCAGACUCUGAAGAGUCAAAAGGCUCAUACCAUGACGAAUGCCCCCGCAAACGCCCUUGGAAGGCAAUAGUGCUAGGCACCAGCAAAAGCACCUAGAUUAUCCCUUUCAGGUACUCGGGAUGAUACCCCCAAUUAUAACUUUGACCCAUUAGAGGGUUCAACUUCCAACCUGCAACGUCAGGUACUAGAUGAAUACUCUGCAGGGUAUUCGGACAAGGACCUUCCCUCCCAUGAACCCCACCAAAAUGAGCUCCAAACCUCUGAUCCUAACCAAAACAUAUCUGAGGAUAUUUUACUAGAUAACUCUGGCCACCCCCUGUUCAACCCUAGGUAUAUCAAACACCCACGCUCUGCCGAGGGGAGCCCCCUAGACCACAUAGCUAAGUUCUGCAGGAUGUGGCUCCGUAAACCAUUGGAAAAAGAGGUGAGAGUUAAAUUAAGGGCAGAAUGCCCACCACCUGUUAUCCCAGACAAGGUGGCGGUUACCCCAGAAUUCGAUCCCUUACUCGUCACCUUCCUGUACAAGACAGGAAAAGACCCCCGUAAGGGUUUGGAACAAGGCCUGAAGGCCGCACAAGAUAAAAUGAUGGAUAUGGUGGGACUGCUUAUCCAGAUUUUCACUAUCGCAGAUGAGGCUUUGGCAAGUGGCACUUUGGACGCACAUAUGGGGCGAGAAUGGGCACAGAGGGCAUUAUGCCUACUAGGCAACGCAAAUGUUGCCAUGUCAACUGAAAGACGGAAAGCCGCCUUAUAUAAGAUCAAUUCAAAGCUUGCCGAAUUAGGCACUAAAGAGCUUGGCCCUGAGGCACAAGGUAUGCUUUUUGGAGACAAAUUUAUUAAAGAAUUAAGUAAACACGUGGCUGUGUUUACUACACUUACAAAAGCGCAAUCUUCCUUACGCAAGGUAUUUAGGUCCCAACGUUUUUCUGGGAGAGCCAGCCAUUACAGAGGCCAGACGGCUGGCAGAGCUGCCUCUACAGGCUAUAGGCCUCGACCUUCCGAACAUUGGAACUUGGGCAAUACCCGUUUCCACCACAAGCACUUCUUCCCUCCGCAGUGGCACUCCUACAGGUAAGGGACUCUCAUUUUUCUCAUGUACCUAUAGCAGGCCGAUUAAUAAAUUUUUCCCAACAGUGGUACCAACUCACGCAGGAUUCGUGGAUCCUUCAGACCGCAUCCGGCUUCCACCUAGACUUUACAGAGGAUCCAAUUCAGGUGUCCUUGCCUACCCUUCUCAAGAUGUCUCAAAUAGACGACAUGGCCCUUCAAGCCGAACUCGACGACCUAGUCAACAAGGGUGCCAUCGAACGGGCCCUCACCCAACGAGGUUUCGUGAGCAAUAUGUUUUUAGUCAAGAAAAAUUCCGACCAGUCAUCAAUCUGAGAGAACUGAACAAAUUCAUCAGAUACAGACACUUCAAGAUGGAAGGCAUCCACCUAUUACGAGACCUCCUGCGAGGGAGAUUGGUUUUCCCGCUUCGACCUCAAAGAUGCAUACCUCACGAUACCAAUCACGCCAGAACAUCGCACUUUCCUCCAAUUCAAUUGGGGCAAGACACUAUGGCAGUUCACCUGUCUCCCCUUCGGACUGUGCUCCGCACCUUGGUGUUUCACCAAACGAAUGAAACCGGUGAUGACGCUCCUCCGUUCACAAGGAAUUCGGUCCAUCAUAUACUUGGACGAUAUCCUCCUUAUGGCGCAAGACAAAGAGACUCUACGUCUCCAUAUGGAUAUGACUUCUGCCCUCCUCCAGAAUUUGGGUUUCAUCAUCAACCUCCAAAAAUCAUCUCUAACUCCAUCUCAUACAGUUUCUGAUAUUUCAGAUAGAUUCGAUUCAGGCAGUCCUGCAACGUCCUGCUACGAAAAUCAAAACCAUAAAAAAGGACAUCCGGAGAUUGCUGACCUCGCCAUACCUCCGACUCAGGAAUUUAGCCCGCACAAUCAGAUUACUCUCCGCCUUAAUCCAGGCAAUAUUCCCAGCCCCGCUACACUAUCGGGCGAUGCAACAUUUGAAAACACACUACACACUACAUCACUCACCAUCUUAUGACCAACAGAUCUUUCUCACAGACGAAGUCCAAUUAGAACCCCACUGGUGGCUUCAACAUAUGGAAGCCUGGAACUGAAGGGCUAUCUUCGGCCGGCAACCCGACUUCAUUCUGGAAUCGAAUGCCAGUCUCCUCGGAUGGGGUGCCACCUGCUCGUAACGUUCUACUGGAGGCCUCUGGUCCCCAUCAGAACAGGCACUGCAUAUCAAUUGCCUCGAACUGAUUGCUGGUUAUUUCACGAUCUGCAGUUUUGCCAAAAAAGCCUACAACUGUAGCCUCAUCCUGAGGAUGGACAAUGUCUCAGCAGUACAAUAUGUGAACCGCCUAGGUGGUUCACGAUCAAAGAUGCUAUUAGAUCUGACGAAGGAAUUGUACCAAUUCUGCCUGUACAGGAAUAUCUCCCUUCAUGCGGAAUAUCUCCCGGGCUCCGAUAAUCUCAUUAAAGAUUGGUUCUCACGCCACGGGAGGGAUUCCAGUGACUGGCAACUGGACCCACAAAUUUUUCACCAUAUACAGGCCCUGAGAGAGCCAUUCAACCUGGACCUGUUUGCAUCUCGCCUGAACCAUCAGACGGACACAUUCUUCAGCUGGCUCCCAGACCCAGCGUGCCUGGCAGUGGAUGCCUUUCUUCAACCGUGGCCAACAUCCGGAGCGUAUGCCUUUCCCCCAUUCUCCAUGAUUCCACGUACGAUACAAUACCUCAGAACACAGGGCGUCACCAUAACUCUGGUAACCCCACUGUGGCGAACCCAACCAUGGUUCCCUUAUCUCCUGGAGAUGUCAGUGGACUACCCCCUACUCCUACCCACCUCAUACAACCUCCUCAGGGACCCUUCAGGCAACUUUCUCUGCAGGGUAUUCGGACAAGGACCUUCCCUCCCAUGAACCCCACCAAAAUGAGCUCCAAACCUCUGAUCCUAACCAAAACAUAUCUGAGGAUAUUUUACUAGAUACCUCUGGCCACCCCCCUGUUCAACCCUAGGUAUAUCAAACACCCCUUCAGUUAGUGGCUUGGACCAUUUCAGGGGAUCCUGGAACGUCUCAGGCCUUUCGACUGCUGCUCGAGGACAACUAUGGGACUCUUGGGCCCCAGGAACAAGACGUUCUUAUCUCUCAGCAUGGCAACGUUGGAAUAGCUGGUGCUUGGAGAGGGACGUUGAUCCAUUUUCAACCUCUCUGAUUAACAUUAUGAACUUCCUGGCAUCACUCUUUGAACAGGGUAAGUCCUAUCGGUUAAUUAACGUUUUCUGUUCAGCCAUUUCGGCAGCCCAUAGCCUCGUUGACAACUCUGCAGGUGGUAAGCACCCCUCCAUAUGUAGACUUCUGCGAGGCAUGCGCCUCGCAAGACCCCCGGCUCCCAAAUAUAAUCUAUUUUGGGAUGUUACUAUGGUAUUAUCCUUUUUGGAGACGUGGCCCCCUAAUGGAGAACUUUCUCUUCGACAACUGUCGGCGAAACUGGCACUACUGCUCUGUUUUCUUAUCAUUUAGAAGAGUCUCGGACAUCAGAGCAUUUGACGUCCAUGCGGUGGACUUUACCCCUGAGGGAGUACACUUCUCCAUUACCCGACGCAUCAAAACCAAUUCAUCUACAGUAAGCUACCCUUACUUUCACGACAAACCCAUGCUCUGCGUAGCUAAUUGCGUCAGAAACUACAUCCUCCGCACCAAGGAUCUUAGACCACAAAUGGGCCCCCUACUGUUGUCCUACGUUCGACCUCACAAGCCAGUGUCAUGUCCCACAAUUGCUCGUUGGAUCAAAUGGCCUCUAGCCAUAGCUGGCAUCAACCCAUGUUUUGGUGCUCACUCAGUAAGAGGCGUGGCCGCCUCGUCUGCAUUUACAUCUGGGGGCUCCCUAAUGGAGAUCCUCACCUCCACAGAUUGGUCCAGAGAAUCCACCUUCAGAACCUUCUAUUUUAGACAAUCCCCUCAUGUAUUUAAUUCCAUCAUAUCAUCGCUUUAAAACAGCAAAUAUGAAGCUUCCUGUCUUGCCAUAAAAUUCGGGAUUAUUCUAACCUUAGUGACCGAAUAAUCUAAAUUUUAUUAAAGACAGGAGGCGAAUAUUUUCCCGCCCGCUAAUACACGCACCCAACCCAACUAGGUAGGUAUUCCACAACACCUCUAUUGACUAAACCAAUGUUUUAUAAUCUACGUUUCAGGCCUCUCCUUGCAACUACCUUUACGGAUACUACACUCAUUAACUCAUAACUUAAGAUUUGUCAGAAUAGGGCUGUACACCUUGGUUGGAAGCAUAUCAGAUAAAGUAAUUAAGUAUUGUUUUUCUCUUACCCAAGAAACCAUAUUUUCACGACCUCUCUCUCUCUCCUUUUUUCCUAGUGUGAAAACCCUUCACUACAUCUCGAGGAAUUACCUACGUUCCUACAUCGUUUACAUGGUUGA